AUGGCCAACACGGCUACACCACCGUCCAAUAAUGACUCGCCCACGAGCAAGCCAUUGCCCACGAGGAAGAGAGCCAGCGAUGCGACGCCCGACGACAAACCCAAGAGAACACGCACUGGCUGCUUGACAUGCAGGGAGCGCCAUCUCAAGUGCGAUGAGACCAAACCAACGUGCAACAACUGCCUCAAGUCCCAGCGCGAGUGCAAUUGGGGCAAGAAGCUCAACUUCCUCGACACAACCUGCGAGAGAAACGCAUACCUGAUCCCCCAGGGUAUCGACUACCAGAUAGCCUUCAUGGACGAGUCACGGACCAUUGCUUCGGAAUACGUAGGCGGUCGAGAAAUGUAUCCAGUCGAGGAUAUGGAAGCAAAUGCACCCAUGGGCAACAACGGUUUUGGUAUGAGGCCACCAACUUCGUCGCGUCAGCACAUUCCUCCUAUACAGGGCAUUGCACAGGAGUCGUACCAGCAAGCACAACUCUCCUAUAAUUUUGAACAGCCGGCACAGCAGCACCAUGGACGUUCAAUAUCAAGUUACUCAAACGGCCCAACACCGUCCCCAUAUACGAUGGAACAUUCCGCAAGCCCCGGGCCCUUGCCCACGCGCGACUACCUCAAGAGCCAGGAGGAAGUUUUAUACAUGCAAGUCUUCGUCGAGGAGAUUGGCAUUUGGAUGGACAGCAUGGAUGCGCACAAGCAUUUCUCACGCCUAUUACCCUUUCAUGCGCUGAACGAGCCUAUGCUGCUACACGCUUUCCUCGCAUGCGGUGCGCGCCAUCUUGCCCUUGUCAAUCCCAAGUAUAGCGAAGAAAAGGCACUGCACUACUACGAUGUAGCUACACGCGAUCUGUUACACUCUUUGCAGGACCCCGACCGCGACACCUUCCUGUGUGCGACCACGGCGGUAAUAUUGAACGUAUACGAAAUUAUGGGCGAACGUGCGCUGCAACGGAUGAACCACAUUGCGGGAGCUCGUGCUUUGAUCAAGGAAUGCCGAUGGAAUGCUAGAUCGACGGGCAUUGGAGCAGCCUGUUUCUGGCUUAACGUUGGCAUGGAGAUCUUGAGCUGCUUGCACUUCAACUGGCAAGUUGCGUGGGAUCCAGACGAAUGGGGCAUCGAGAUGGACUUCACACCAGAGACAGAGUCGGGUAAGGAAGAAGUCUGGACACAUCGCAUUCUGUAUGUCGUCGCAAGGAUCUGCAACUUCCGUGCGUCAAUACCGCGGAACCAGGAAGUCGCCAGGCAAACCUUGCAGGACCGACACAACGAGUGGCUUCGGCUAAAAGACAUGACGGACAGGUGGAAUGAGAACAUACCGCGCACCAUGCACCCGAUGGCAUAUCUAUAUCCUGGACAGACGAUAUCAGGCUCAGCGUUCCCUGAAGUCUGGCUAAUCAAGAGGGCAUCGAUAAUCGCGCGGCUCUUCUACCACACAUCCCUUGUCUUACUAGCGCAGAUCAACCCACUGCAAGGCCCUAGCGAACCUGAUAUGUGGGCUAUGCUUGAGCAAAACUCCAAAUUCAUCUGCGGUAUCAGUGCACACGUCAAGGACCGUGGCGUAGCCAGUGUCGCGCUUCGAUCUCUCGCCAUUGCUGCCGAACCACUUACGGACCGACGCGAACAAGAAGAGGUGCUCCAGAUUUUCGACAAGAUCAGGCAAGAAACAGGCUGGCGUGUAGGAUUUGUCAAUACAGAGCUGAAGCAGAAGUGGGGCUGGGAUACACCGCAAAACCAAGAGCAGAAGCCACAGCAGCCACCACCGCCUCCGCCGCCUCCACAGCAACAGCAGCAAAUGAACGGACAUAUGCAAGAAGGCAAUGUUGCAUACCAACAACAGCAACAGCAGCAGCAGCAACAGCCCCAAGUAGUCGUCCAGCAGCAGAUGCCGCAAGUCUCGGUAGCACCUGCUCCGGUACAGCGGCGCGCUUUUGGUAAUCCUCUGCUUGUGGCAGACUUCAGCAUGCCACAACACCCAUACCAAACCCACUAUGUACCCGCAAACAUAGUCCAGCAACAGCAACCGCAAACAUUACUCCAACCGCCACUGACCGCGAUGAACGGAUACGGCGGGCAACAUUUCUUCUAG